AACGAUUGUGGCUUAAAGAGAAAACAUUAUUUUAUUAACCAUAAAGUUCCCCACUUUCUUUCUAGCCACUCUCUGUAACACCACCACCACCCACCUCUGCUGCUACUUCGGAGAAUGGACUCCGCGUUGAACGCAGCGUUGGAAGAAAUAGGCUCUCAGGUUGAAGACGGAAUCAAUCUUCGAUCUCUCUGGUCAAAACUCGAUUCCUCUCUCCCAUCUCUUCUCACUCCCUCUUUCAAACAUUCAAUCUUCACCAACCUCCUUCACAUUCCCACUCUCCGUUUCGAACCCCCAAACCCUAAUUCCGAUGAUCACGAUAAUCCCAACGUCAAAAUCUUCCCUCAACAAUCCCUCGCCGAAAACUUCCUUGGCAUUUACGAUUCCCAACCACUCCAACAAACUCAACUUCGCAUCCUUCAUCUUCUUGCCAAUGCAAGACACAACGGUAUUACUCAAACUCAACUUUCUAAACAAUUACGCAUUGAACCGAAUAGUUUUCAUUAUUUUCUGAGGAGUUUGGAAUGUAGAGGUUUGAUUGUUAAACGCUCUGCCCUUGAAAAGAAGAAGCAAAUUGGGGCUUCUACUUCAACUAAUCAUGUACCUAUCAAUGUUACUACUCAUUUAGUUUACUUGCGUCGCUAUGCGAAACAGCUUGCUUCUCAUCAGAGAUUUGAAUUGGAAAUAACAAAAUUCAACAACCCUGACGACGAAGAAUCUGAACUGCAAACUGAUGUUCUUCUUAAGGAUUAUGAACCUCAAAUUAAAGCUAUUUGUGACAAACUGGCAAAUGCCAAUGGCAAGGUUCUUCUUGUGAAUGAUAUUAAGAAGGAUCUUGGUUACUGCGGAUCGCGUCCGAGACAAAGGGCAUGGAGACAAAUUGCUGGCAGAUUGAAAAAGCAUCACAUUGUGGAGCAGUUUGAUGCUAAGGUGAAUGGCAAGAUUGAGGCUUGCUUGAGGCUUCUUGACCCGAUAGCUACUACUAGAUCUGGAAAUGGAGAUAAAACCUCAGACUCUGGGAAUAUAUGUCAAGUCAACGAUCAGUUUGUGGAGCUUCCUAUCGAGCAUCAAGUUUUGGAUAUUAUUGAAGCUGCAGGAUCAGAAGGCAUUACUACAAAGGAGAUAUGUGACAGGCUUCAGAUUGAUCUGAAAAAGAAUCACAGUCGACUUAUAAAUUUGUGCUACAGAUUUGGAAUGAAAGUGCAAGAAGAACUAUGCCUUAAGUCUAAGACAUAUCGAGUUUGGACAUCUAGAAAUUUCAACCCCGAACUCGGAGUUGCACUUAUUAACAAGCUUGAUGAAAAUAAAAUUUUGGACCAACAGGUGCUUGACAGAUCUUCAAAAAUAAUAUCUGAAUUUGAGGCUUCAACUUUCAAUGGAGAACUUGUUGAGCCUGACAAAUUGGAAGAUAUAGGUGCUGGUGCAAAACUGUCAGAUGCGUCUCCAAACAAUGUAGACUCUAACUAUGUAGAAACACCAACAAACUUGCAAGAGUCAGUCCUUGACCAAAGGAGUACUAUUUCUCACAGCAAACCGUUCAGUUUACCAAUGGGGGCAGACACUGCGUUAUCAGAAUCUUUUCCAUCUGAUGUAUUGACACCAUCCUCUGCUGGAUCAUAUGAAAAAUAUACGAAUCUAUCGUUCACAGCUGAUGGCACUAAAAGAGCAAUCAGGAUACUAGAAAGACUAAAGGAAGAAAGGUUCAUUUUGAGACCAGAGCUAAAUAGGUGGCUUAAUAGCUUUGAGAAGGGUAAGUCUAGAAAAGUGGACCGCAAGACUUUAGAUCGAAUAUUGACUAAACUUCAGGAACAAGGGCAAUGCAAAUGCAUAACAGUACAUUCCCCUGUUAUUUGUGAAUAUUCAAGGACCAAAGAUUGCGUGGUUGUUGUGCAUCCAUCCAUAAGUCUAUCUCUUGAGUUAUAUGAUGAAAUACGAGACAAAGUGAGAUCAUUUAAUAAAUAUAUACGCAGAAACAGUGCUUCUAAACAGAAAAAUGAUGAAUUGAUACCUGUAAUGGAGGAUAUUCAGAAAACUCAAAGCCAAGUUCCUGGCCGACAGCCUGAUAAUUCAGAAGCCAUGCGUGCUAAUGGAUAUAUAUUAGCAAAAAUGAUUCGUGCAAAGCUGCUGCACAGUUUUCUUUGGGAUUAUCUGCAUAGGUCAGAAAACCAUAGUGAUGCUUUAUCAUAUAAUGGGCUAACUGAUAAUCCUCACAGUAGCAGCAAAUUAUUUUCUCUAGACGCAGCUAUUAAAGCAAUUCCAGUGGAACUUUUCUUACAAGUAGCUGGGUCGAGUAAAAAAUAUGAAGAGAUGAUUGAAAAGUGCAAGAUGGGUUUAUGUCUCUCUGAUCUUCCUCCUAAUGAGUAUAAGUCUUUAAUGGACACUCUUGCAACUGGAAGGAUGUCAUUAGUUAUUGACAUUUUAAGGCGGUUAAAGCUCAUUCGGGUGAUAACUUCACAAUCUAGAGAUGGAGUUCAAACCCCACAUAUUUUGACACACAUGUUGGAACUUCGGCCUUACAUCGAAGAACCUGUUUCAAACAAUGCAACAACUUUAAAUUCUAUGUCUCUUGAUCUUCGACCAAGAAUCAGACAUGAUUUCAUUCUGUCUAAUAGAUGUGCAGUUGAUGAAUAUUGGCGAACAUUGGAGUACUGUUAUGCUGCUGCUAAUAAAAAAGCUGCUUUAUAUGCAUUUCCUGGAUCUGUGGUCCAUGAGGUUUUCCGCUUCCGUUCAUGGGCAUCUCAGCGUCUAAUGACAGCUGAACAACGUGCUGAGCUUUUAAAGCGUGUUACUAGGGAUGAUCUGAGUGAAAAAAUCUCAUACAAAGAGUGUGAGAAGAUUGCAAAGGAUCUGAAUCUUACGUUGGAGCAGGUGCUUAGCAUGUAUUAUAGUAAGCGGCGUCAUCGCCUUAACCAGUUAAAUGAUGAAGAGGGUGAAAAUAAUUCACUUGAGCGCAGGAAGAAAAGUUCUCGCCAGUUGAGGCCUGCAAAGCAUGCAAGAAUUGAUGCAGCAGCUGAUGUUAUGGACAAACACAUAGAUGAACAUCACAAUAUGGAUAUCCAUUCAAGAGAUCAAGCAACCCACAUGCAAGAGUUUGUGGAGGGUAAUUGUGAAAUUGAAGGUUCUCAAGACUGUUCUCCACGUAUUAGCCACUGUAUCUUGACUGCAACGAAGUCACCACGCCAAAGUAGAUUCAUAUGGUCAGACAAAGCUGACAGGCAAUUGGUGGUCCAAUAUGUUAGACACCGUGCUGUUCUUGGUGCCAACUAUCAUCGCAUUGAUUGGACCUCACUUUCUGAUCUUCCGGCUCCUCCACGUGCUUGUAUGAGAAGAAUGAAUUUUCUGAAUGGUAACUUAAGAUUCAGGAAAGCUGUGAAUAGACUCUGUAGCAUGCUCAGUGAACGAUAUGCAAAACAGCUGGAGAAGUCCCAGAAGUUGUCAUCAGAUAAAGAUGAUUGCAGAUUGUUUGUGCAAUCCCAGUCUAGUAAAGGUGUUCACAAUAGUUUUAGUCCAGAUGUUGAAAUUCAAGUGAGUAGUUUAAAUGGAGAAGCCUGGGACGACUUCGAGAACAAAAGUAUUAAGACAGCCCUUGCUGAGAUUCUUCGCUGCAAGAUGAUGGCCAAGCUGGAUGUCUCCUCCCAAAAUGUUCAAUCACAAUAUGAAGAUUGGAAUAGAUAUGAAUCUCAAGAAAAAGAAAAAGCUAUAUCAGCUAUUCCUAGUGAGACUAUUCAGAGCCAUCACGGGAAGCCCCAUACAUUUUCUUCCAAAAGAUCACGUCGUGGUCGGCUUGAUAUAAAAUUUUCUAGGUUUCUAAACAAUAAGCCUAAUAUUUAUGGACAAGUAUGUGAAUCAUUGGCUGUUUCAAAUGCUGUGGAACUCUUUAAGCUUGUUUUUUUAAGCACCGCUACCAGUCCACAAGCACCAAAUUUAUUGGCAGACAUUCUUCGGCAUUAUUCAGAGCAUGAUCUACUUGCUGCUUUUAACUACCUUAGACAGAAAAAAAUAAUGAUUGGGGGUACCGGAAGUGAUGAACGAUUUAAACUAUCAAUGUGGUUCUUGCAUACUGUUUCUAAGUCACCGUUCCCAUUUGAUACCGGAAAGCAAGCUGUUAAAUUUUCUGCGUGGCUGAAGGAAAAGGACAAAGACCUCAUGGAAAUGGGGACAUAUCUUACUGAAGAUCUUCAAUGCGGGGAUACUUUUCAUUUGUUUGCUUUGAUCUCAUCAGGAGAACUUUCAAUUUCACCAAGCUUACCAGAUAAUGGCAUUGGAGAAGCUGAUGACUUGAGAAGCGACAAGCGUAAAUCUGAUGCUAGUGAGUCUUUCCUGAGUGACACAGCCAAGAAACUGAAGUCCUCGUUUGGAUUUGAGGGUGAAAUUAUUUCUCGCCGGGAAAAAGGUUUUCCUGGUAUAAACAUUUCUGUACACCGCACAGCAGUUUCAAGAGUUGAUUUAUUAGAUUUGUUCAAGGAUAAUGAUAACAAUAACAAUGACCAAAGUUUUGAGGGGAAUUUUCAAUUAAACAUGGGCCAAAGUAGUAAUUGUUCACUUAGUGAUCAUAUGCCGGAAACCUUUAACGCAUGUGACCCAUUAGCUGAGGAAAAAAAUCAUAUUGAAUCACCCUGGGAAGCUAUGGCAGGAUAUGCACGGCGUUUGAUGACGGUACCUUACAAUCAGCAACAAGAAUGUGCUGUGUGUGCUGAGGUCUUCAUGCUUGUUUAUGCUGCUAUCCAGAAGGCUGGUGACCAAGGAUUGAGCAUGGAAGAAAUUUCCCAAGUUAUAAACUUGCCUGGAGCUGACGUAGAUGGGCUGAUUGUUGAUGCUCUUCAAGCAUUUGGAAAAGCCUUAAAGGUCAAUGCUUAUGAUUCUGUUCGUAUUGUUGAUGCUCUAUACCGUCACAAGUACUUUUUGACAGCUGUGUCUGGUUUUCAUCAUGUUGUUCAACCUUCCUCAAACAAGACCAUUAAGAAAAGUGAUAAUACAUGUAAGCUUUACAAACCCAAAGAAAGUGACUCUGCUUCUGCUGAUGCUAUAAGGGAAAGAAACACUGACCUUGAUAAUGUGCACAAAGUGACAAUUCUUAAUCUUCCACAUGAGGAUGUGGAUCAUGAAAAUCAAGCUUGUGACAGGAACUGCAUGCAAAACAGAUUUGACUCGUCGAGAGGUGAUCAUGAGAAAGAAAUGCUCAAUUUUAAUUCUGGUGAAUUAUGUAAGCCUAUAUUGCCAUGGAUCAAUGGAGAUGGGACCAUCAAUGACAUUGUUUUCAAGGGACUCAGACGUCGUGUUCUUGGAAAAGUGAUGCAGAACCCAGGGAUAUUGGAGGAUGAUAUUCUACGUCAUAUGCAUGUGUUGAAUCCACAGAGCUGUAGAACUUUCCUGGAAUUGAUGGUUCUGGAUAAACACCUAAUUGUGAGGAAAAUGUACCAAAGUAAAUUUGCUGGAGGCCCCUCCAUGCUAGGGAAUCUUAUUGGAAGUAAAUCGUGUCAACGGAAGUGGAUUUGCGCAGAGCAUUUCUUUGCCAAUCCUAUGAGUACUAACUUAUUGUAGGGGGUAUUGGAUAUGUAAAACAGAUAUAUACUGCGCGCGCGCGCGUGUGUGUGUGUACGAGAACACAUGUAUUGGCAAUUUUGGAUACUGGUCUCGAUGUUUAUAUUUGGGAGAAUCACAACUUGUAAGUUGUAAUUUAUUUUAAGCUCAUGAGCUUUCUGAGCUCCAUGUUCUGACUUAAGAAUAUGUUCAAUGUUGAAAUUUAAGAAUUGACUCAACUAUUCUAUUAUGUUAUGUCA